UUGAGCCUAAAAAAAUACACUCUUAAAAUAUACAAAAAAAAACUUUUUUUAUUUUUAUUUUACUCAGUUUUCGUACAGAAAAAUGGAGGAGAAGACAGGUCCAAAAUAAAAAAUGGCUGUGGGCUAUUGAUAAAAUAUCUGGAAUGGAUGAUCGGAGAAAGAAAAAUUGGUUUUAAAUUCAAUAGGUAUCAUCAUCCGAUUUUUUAUUUUUUCAAAAAUGACAAAAUGCCGGCCAUUUUUCCAAAAACUACGAAAAAAGUAUUUUUUUCCAUCGUUUUUUGCAAAAAAAAAAAAAUAGUUUCAAUAAAAAUUUCAAAACUCGUAUAUGAUACGCGCUAUAGCUGCACAGUCAUAAAGAACAUGUAAAAUUUUGGUAAGGAUCGGUUGAAUAGUUUCAGAGAUUUUAUCAACAAGCCGUCCGAAAACGUCAUUUUGAGAUUGAGAAAAACGAGUUCAAACAAAGGCGCACGUACACGAUAUCACACUGGGAGGUGCGUAGCCAAGUAAACGUCACCCAAAAGUACACUUGGACUGCUCAAAUCUUUAUGAAAUUUUAGUAUGAUACUUUUAAAUAUGUAUAGUUUAGGAAAAAGCAAUAAAAAAAUUGAUUUUUUGGAAAUUCUAAUUCGAGUAGACCCCUUAAUACAAUCAAAUAAAUCCAAUAUCAUUUUGUUACUUUAUGCAGCUCAUAUGUGACUCUCGAGACAUAUUGAUUGGACUUCAACGUAUAAGUAGUAGUUGUAUUAAAACCUCAAUGACUUAACCGUGCAUAAUUAACAAUUAGUAAUACGACAAUAGAUUCAUGAAACCCCAAGAGAUGAUAUGAGAAUGGCAAAUUCAAUGUCACCGUUGAUGCAAACUUCUGUUAUCGCGUCUCGUCAUUACGUACUUUGUUUUCCACUUUUGGUAUGCACUUUUCGUUUUUAUAAUCAAUAACAGCACAAAGGAACCACACUUAUACGGAUGGUAAAAAGCUCGAGAUAACCAAGUUAAAAAUGUUGUGAUAUUAACUUUGAUAAAUAUUGGUAAAGGAUGACACGGUUUUUUCCAGCUCUGUAACUAUAAAAUUUUUGAGCAACGUUCUCUACAUUCUCUCCCUCUCUCUCUCUCUCUCUCUCUCUGUUCUUGGAAAAUAUUUGCAUGAAGCGAAAACAGGACACCCUCUGUGGGCACAUCGCUGCUGUUGACCUCAACUAAUAACGCAGUACACGUACAGCAGAAAGUAUGAACAUUUAUAACUCGGGAAGUAAUAAGUGUCCAUUUCAAUCGGGCAGCCUCAAAUUGACGAAGAAAAAAGGAUCCGCGACUUCGACCAAUCCUUUUUCGGUUGAACCUUCGACGACGAUGCGCGAUAUCUUUCUCGUUAUCUUGGUAUGGAAAGCAAACGCGACAGCGGUCGGAACAAAUACGCUAGUCACAAGCUUCCUGCAGAAAGCUCAUCGGGCUAUUUCACUCCCUCAUGGAAAAAUGUACUCGGACGAGAAUUCUUAUCUCCUCGGGAAGUCUGGUUCGGGAACUGUUUAUGUCAACAUUUCCGAUUCAGAUGUCAAAAAAUAUCGAGCGUUGAGCCACGAGGAGUACCAGUAUUAUGAAGCGAGACCACUUUGGAUUAAAAUAAGAUUGUGUCUCUUCUGGUUAUUCUGGGCUGCUUUUUUCACGGUCAUCAUUAUCUUCGUACUUAUCUACUGGUGCAUCGCGCCAAAUUUUUGCCCGAAUAACGUCGUUUAUUCCGUUUGAAGCUUUUCACCGUUACAAAUUAUCCGAGAAAUGCAUUUUCAAUAAUGAUACGAUAACGCGGUAUUGUUUUUGUCGAGAACAAACGGAUCUCUGGAAUGUUCGUUGUAAUCUCGUCGACUCGUCGUAGCAGACUAAAGAGCGCGAGCGAGUGUGUAUGUGCGUGCGGGAGAGCGAGAGAGAGAGAGAGAGAGAAGCAAACAAAGCGAAAAACAACAAACACAUAUCUCUGUGAUAAAUCGGUGAAGUCGAGAAGCGCUUUUGCAAGCUGCUCGUACCAAACAUUUUCGUAUAUAUUCAGCGAAAAAAUUUUUCCCUCAGAUAUAUUACCACUACAUUUGAUAACUUUUAUUGACAUAAAAAAAUGGUUUUCUCAUUAAAAUGACAAGCAUAGUUGAAGAAACGUAUCUUUGCACGAGCAACGCAACGGAAUACUGUAAUAUCAUUGUUACUGUUGCCAUUAUUAUGUUAUUAUUGAUAUAUUUAAGAGCAUGGAUGAGUCGGUGCAUCGCAGUGGUGAGUGCGAGAGAGAUAGCUGCAAAUUUUGAAAGUGAAAUUUUCCCAUACCGUUUGCCCGAUCGAAAUAAUAAAUAAAAUGUCCGUUUUCGCCAUCGUCCUGCGUGGGCUGACAGAGCCUUUUUUCAAUCGGUCAAACCGUGUCAAAGGAUUUCGAUAUCGAAAAUUCCAAGUGAGGUUAGGUGACUGAUCCCGACUGGCCGUAUAGGGCAAAAAAACAAAAAAAAACGGGAGUUAUGCGUUUCACGGCGAGCACGGCGAUCAGUGGGUGGGGGGAAUUCCUUUGUCGCCAGUUUUUUCAGAAACGAUGUAUGAUAAUUGUCUUGACCAAUUUUUGAAAUCGCUCGAAUCAGUCUUCAGCUUCCCAAAUGUCCGUAGGCAUAUUGAACGACUAUUUUGAGCUCAUUGUUGUAUUGAAGUUAGGUUAAGUACGGCGAGGAUUUGGGAAGAGGGGCUUAUUAUAACCUUUUUUUUUUAUAGACACAUAGUGAUACUCUUAUGAAGAAUCACGAGCUUCCGUACAAGCUCAAUAGAAGAUGAGAACAGUUGACGAAAGCCAUAGUCGCGACAAUAGUCUCGAUCCAGCUCAGCGGUCCUACAAUAAUUCGUGGAACCGUAACUCGCAGAGUUGAAAUAUCAUUACGCGUGCAUCCAUGUUCAUUAAAAAAUUAUAUAGUGAUCAUCGUUAUACUAAUUUUUCUUAUGGAAUAAUUAUUGACGUAGGCUAUUGUAAUGUUUCCGAAAUAACAACAGUUCCCGUCGUAUUAUUGGUGACACCAUUUAUUAAUCGGAACAACGUUCUAUCAAAAAUUGAAAUGUAGUCGUUGUUGAGCCACGUGUUUAUUCGUUGGAGGUCGGAGCGAAGAUGACCACUUGGUGCCUAGUGUCGCCCGCUGUUUUUAGUUUCAGAGGGCGCUGACAACAGUUUUCCGAAGUUUGAAUCCUACAUUACAGCUAUUUUCAAAAAAUCCAUCUGAAUGUACGAUUUUUAUAAAUAUAUCAAAAAUCAGAAAACUUC